AUGGAAGGUGGCGGAAGUGAAGUUGAGGAGCAAGUCAUGGCAGAGGCGUCCCAAGAGAUGAACGAGCGGACGCCCAGCAGGAACGAGGACGAGGGAAGUCAAGAUCGGCAUCCGAGUUCUGAAGACGCCUCCAUCACUAAGAAGGACCUGGUUAAAAUUAUAGCUAAUCAAGAUGAGGCCAUCGGGAUGCUCAGGAGGGAGGUGGAGAUGCUGAAAGAAGGAGCGCCUAGCCCAAUGGCAAGGAAGAGAGAGAGGGCAUCAGAAGCUGAGGGAGAGUCCAGUUCGCUAAGACGCCUAGCAAGUAUGAGGCGCCUGGCCGACUAUGGUGACUCAGAGGGAGAAAGGAAUGUAUGGAUGCAGGGGCGCCCCCCGCGCCAGUUCGUGGUAAGGCAGCCAUUGGCUAGGAGCAUCCUCGUCGAGCCCGCAAAUACCAACAUUCCACCGCUUCCAACAUAUGAUGGGACAGCGGACCCGGAUGACCAUUUGAAUAAUUACUUCACCAAAAUGCAGUUGUAUAACAGUACGGACGCGACCUUGUGCAAGGUGUUCCCUUCCACCUUCGCGGGUGUGGUUCUAGAUUGGUACCAUCAGAUUGAAGAAGGGCGUAUAGAAGGUUUUGAGCAAUUCGCUGCCAUGUUUUUGGCGAAAUUUGCGAGCAGAAAGCGUCGUACAUUGACCGUAGGCGCCUUGUUCAAAAUAAAACAGAAGGAGGGGGAAACCUUGAGAGAGUUCUACGAGCGCUGGAUCCCAGUGGCCAUGGCGGUGAAGGACGUGCACCCGUCAGUGCUCGGAGUUAUCUUGGAAGAAUGCACCACAAGUGAAGAGCUUUGUCGGGCGCUGUCCAAAAAAGAUGUGGUAUCCACGGAGGACCUAGAUCGUAGGGUGCAAAAGGUCAUAGUGUUGGAGGAGACGUUAGCGGCGAGAAGAGCGGAUAGGCGCCGCUCCAGAGGAGAGGAAGGAGAAGGGGUGCGAAGGCAGGCGCCUAAUCCCAGGUCAACCUACGUGGGGGCGCCCUUCGGCUCAGCAAGAAAGAAUGAUCAAGGGCGCCCAACGCCUAGGGCGAAUCCGUUCACGGAGCUUAAUGACUCACCAAAAAAUGUGCUACAGUAUGUGAAGGACAAGGGGUAUCAUGUGAGGUGGCCCGGGCCUAUGAGAGGGCAACCCAAUCCUCAGAAUUUGGAUCGAUAUUAUGAUUUCCAUCGGGAGCGCGGGCAUAACACGGUAGAUUGGUAUCAGCUGAAAACCGAGUUGCAAGGGUUGGUUGACAGAGGCAGGUUCAAUGAGUUUGUCAAAAAACCGGAAGAGAAGGUUCAUAGAGCAUACACCGCCCGAGCAGCACCUAAGGAAGAUCUGCCCCCGCCUCCGUUUGAACUUGACCAGGAGAAGGCACCUGAAAAGGUGAGGCUUACGGUGGAAGCGAUCACUGGUGUAAUGGAUCUGAGGGUCAAGUUGGAGGCUGGAAGGCGCCUGAGAGCGGCGUCGGUUGGCCAACAAGGGGUGUACAUUAGUUUCAACCAGGCCCCCGAGGAAGCCUAUGGGAUACCUUCUUUGGAGGCGCUCGAGAUCCAAGGGGUUGUAGCUGGGUGCACUGUGAAGAGGAUGCUUGUGGACACCGGGAGUUCCAUGGACGUGCUGUUGUCUCCAGACCUGAUACGACCGUCGGACUCGGUACUAGUGGGAUUUUCGGGGGCACCUGCUAAGGUGAUUGGGCGCAUGCCCCUUCCCGUUACUUUGGGCGACGAAGAGCAGCGGGUCACGCAUGCUAUUGACUUUGGAAUUGUGGAUUGCCCUUCCCCUUACAACGCCAUACUUGGAAGACCCCUUUUAGCUCUGUUCAAUGGCGUUGCAUCUACUUGCCAUCAGACGUUGAAGUUUAUAGCACCGCAGGGAGUAGGCAUAGCUCGGGGUAGAGGCGCCCCGGUCUACGCUCAGCUGAAAGGUGCGCGGCCCCGGAAGAGUCAAAGGGUGAACAUGAUUGCAACGGAGGAGGCGCCCAGGGCUGAGGCGGCUGAUGAGGAACUGAUGGUUCCUUUGGAUGAGGGUCGGCUGGAGAGACAAGUAAGAAUGUCGGUGCAGGCGCCUCCGGAAAUGAUCGAAGGGUUGAUCGCUCUGUUGAGGGAGUUUGCGGAGCUGUUCGCAUGGAGUGCUAAGGAAAUGCCAGGGGUGACGCCUGAAACAGCGGUCCAUAGGCUGGCGGUGGAGGCGGGUAGGAAGCCUGUUCAACAAAAAAGGAGGAACCUGUCUCAAGAGAAGGAGGCGAUGCUUAGGGUGGAGGUGGACAAACUCCUUGAUGCUGGGUUUGUUGAGGAGGCAGCUUAUGUGACAUGGCUAUCCAAUGUGGUAUUCGUUCCGAAACCAGCGGGAGACUGGAGGAUGUGCGUGGAUUUUACGAGUCUCAAUAAGGCGUGCCCAACGGAUGCGUACCCAAUGCCUUGA